CAAUUAGCCGACGCUCAUGCGUGUUGUCGAAUUUCCACGAAAAGUGUUGUCUAUUUUAGCAAGUAAUCUAGUAUUAAAAAUUCAUUUGUUUGUUUGAUUUCGAGUUUGCGGAUCCAGGCGACCAAAAAAUGCCUGUUAGAAAAGCCAUACAUGCUGGUAGUUGGUACACAGACUCAGGUCCCGAAUUAUCGCGGCAGCUCGAAUAUUGGCUGCACCAAGCCGACUUAAUCCACGGUCCUGCUCGGGCUAUAAUCGCUCCACAUGCGGGCUAUCAGUACUGCGGCGCUUGCGGGGGGCACGCGUACAGACAAGUCAGUCCUGUCGUGGUAAGGCGUAUAUUUAUUUUAGGACCUUCUCACCAUGUCCGUUUAUCAGGAUGUGCCUUGUCCACAGCGCGAAAAUACAAGACCCCCCUUUACGACUUACAUGUAGAUUCUCAAGUAAACGGCGAAUUAGAAAUGACGGGUCAGUUCGAAUGGAUGGACUUAGAUACUGACGAAAAUGAGCACAGUAUUGAAAUGCAUUUACCCUACAUAGCGAAAGUUAUGGAAAAUUACAAACACCAAUUCACCAUAGUACCUAUUCUUGUGGGUUCGCUCAGUCCCGAGCGGGAGGCUUGCUACGGUCGGAUACUAUCGAGCUACCUAGGAGACCCUCAAAACCUUUUCAUAAUAUCGUCAGAUUUCUGCCACUGGGGCCACCGGUUUCGCUACACGUAUUACGACCGUUCUUACGGCAGCAUCUACCAAUCGAUAGAAGAACUCGAUCGUUUGGGGAUGAACAUAAUAGAAAAUCUAAAUCCGACCGACUUCACGAAUUAUUUAAAGAAAUUCGGAAACACGAUUUGUGGUAGACAUCCGAUCGGGAUACUACUGCAGGCCGUGCAGGAGCUCCUGCGGAACGACAGUCGGAGAAACGCGAAUUUGAAAUUCCUGAAAUAUGCUCAGUCAAGUCAGUGUCGUAAUAUGAAUGACUCGUCAGUGAGUUACGCAUCGGCUGCCCUUGUGUUCGAGUAGUCAGUGGCCUUACAGCUAUCACAUUGACUGUUAUUAAAAUGGAACACCUUGAUUAAUGAUUGUGCGAAAUUUUUUAACUACCCUAGGGAUAAUUACGUUGAUUUUAAGCUUAUCGUAACGAUUAAUUUUUGUAAAGCUAAAUUCUAAAACGAUAGUUUAGGUUUGUUAAGUUUAUUUUUUACUAACGGUUCCACCAAGUGACAUCACUGUGAGUUGGCGCGUUUCGGGACGGACAAGAUCAAUUCAAUUUUAUCGUGUUAUAUUUGUUAAAUGUGGUGGUUUGCAAUAUUAGUAUAAGGAAGGUUGUGAAAUUUUGCAUCGUAGGUCCCCCGAAUGUUUUGUUUUAUGCUUGCUAUGCAGUACAACUCUAAUGAUCUGGAGGGUGUUGAUCGCUUGGUAGAUGUAUUUAAGAGUACCAAAAUGUUAGAAUAAUCUUUAUAUAGUGGAUCUGGAUAUUGGGAGUUAUGCUGUAUUUUCAGUCCUGUGAGCAUAGUGAUAGGCUAGGAGUUUGGUUUAUUAUGUUCUCGUAAUUAGCUUGCCGGCGUUUAUAGGACUAAAAUCAGCGCGAAUUUAAUUAAUUUCUACCUUUAUAUAAAUUUUAAUAGAGUAUGUGCUAAUGUUAGGGGUAUGAAUAUACAAUAAAUUGUCCUACUGUAGGCCUACGGUUCGUAAGCCUAAAGACUGUAAAUUUACAAUAUGAAGUACAUAUGCCUUUAAUCAAUCAAUCUAUUGGAUGUAUAAACUGUGAAUGCAAUUUUAUAUCAUUCUUGUAACACGAAAUAAAUGUGAAAAAUAUUUUAA